ACUGUAAAAGAAAAAACAUCUGUUACCGGUGAGAAAUUUGAUGUUGAGUUGUGAAAAAAGGACGCCGUCAAAGUGAAUAAUAAUAAUAAUAAUAAUAACAAUAAUUGGAAAUAACUAUGAGCAAUGACAGAAUUAUCUAAGUCCUCACUCGGGGAAUCGGGAUAACCGUUAAGCAAUGUCAACUGCAGAGCCUGAUGCCGGCCAGGCAUCCACAGGGGAGGAUUCCACACACGAUUACAUCGACUUGAAAUCGAUGGACGAUGUGGAGGCGCUGGAGAAGAAGCAGCUUUACACGUACAUUGAGAAGUUGCAUGGCAUCAUCAGAAAAUACGACACAAAGAUUGCGUUAUAUAAACAUAAACUAAAGCACUUUCUGAAUAAGGAAAAGUGCACUGAAGUGACAACUGACGACAAACAGGCAAACAAUGAAAGGCCGAACGGGCGGGGAGAGGCAGAGGAGACCAGCAAGGAACUCUCGGCCACAGAUGCCUUCAGUUUUGUCGACGAGAUGCGUCAGGCGGCCAAACACGCAGAGAACCUGAACAAUUUUGUCUAUGAGCCGACAUCUGGCAUGUACUACGAUCCCAAGACUGGCUACUACUAUAAUGCGGAAUACGGGCUUUAUUACGAUGGCAAUACGGGCUGUUAUUAUAGUUACGAUCAGGCGAAAGAUUCGUACGAGUUUCACUCACAGGCACAGGUGCAGGCGAACAGUGCGACAGGCAAAGGCGAAACAGGCAGCAAGCAGCUGGCUGACGAUGAUGGCCAGGACGACGAUGUGGAAUUUGAUGAAUAUGGCGGCGUCAUAACCGAUAAGGACACUUUGCAGCAAAUCAAAACGGAGAAACAAUUACUAAAGGAUCGCGCUGAGAAGAGCAAACGCAAGGCCAAAAAGAAGCAUAAGAAAAAAAAGAAAAAGGAGAACCGUCACAAGUCCAAAAAGCGACACAAAAAUCGUGAUAGCGAUAACAGUGAUAAUGACAACAGCCGCAAGCGAUCGCGUAAAUCUUAUGAUGUAGAAGAUGGCGAGCUAUCGCAGUCAUCGAGCAGCUCCAGCUCCAAGUCGAGCUACGCGGACGGCAGCAACAGCGACAGUAGUGUGGUCCACUUCAAGGUUUCCAGCCGUUUUCAAGACAUUGCCAAGAAAUAUCCGCCUUCGCUGCGCAUCAUUGUGCAGGAGACGAAUGUACAGGAGUUGACGGUGGGCAGCCUGCACCUGAUCACCUACAAGGGCGGAUCGCUAGGUCGCGAAGGUGCUCACGAUGUCAUCAUACCGGAUGUGAAUGUCAGCAAAAGCCAUCUAAAUUUCCACUAUGACACAAAGCAGGGCGUUUACAAAUGUCGCGAUUUGGGUUCCCGCAACGGCACCGUGCUUAACGGUGUGCGCAUGUCCGAAUCGAAGGAGGCUAGUGAGACACAGGAUCUGGUGCACGGCAGUGUCAUUGGCAUUGGCCAGACCAGGUUGUUAUGUCAUGUGCACGAGGGCAACAGCACGUGCGGUUUGUGUGAGCCCGGCCUGCUAAUUGAGACGCAAACUGCCGCAUCAGCUGCGACAACAACAAAUGCUAAUGUGCUCACACACAAGGAGCAGCUGAAGAAACUGCAAAAGAAAUACGGUUUGGAGAAUGAAAAAUUUGUGGAGGCUAGCGGCAAUGUGAAUCACAACUACAACGAUCGUAGUGCACAGCGGCGGAUCAAAGUGGGCAGCAGCACGGAUAAGGAGAAAACAGAGGUGGCCUGCGUGAACACCGAGAUUUCCAGCUCAAACAAAGGCUUUAAAAUGCUCAGCAAACUGGGCUGGCAGAAGGGCGAAACUUUGGGCAAAACCAAUCAGGGACUGUUAACACCUAUCAAUGUGGUGGCCAAUGAAGGCACCACCGGGCUUGGCAGCAGUGAACCGCUGGCGUCGACCGCCCCGCGGCCUGUUGAUAAACGUAAAUUGGCCAAUUUGAAGAUAACACAGGCGCGUUAUGAGCGCGCUAAAGAUAUAUUUGAAUUAACUGAUGAAAGCGAUUGAAAUGUAUGUUAUAUGUUAUAUGUAGGUAUGUUUAAGUUUGAAACACAUUUAUUUAACAAUUACUCAAACAUGAUGCGGUCAUAAGUACACAUAUAUAUAUAUUAUAUAUAAAUAUAGGUAUACAAACGUAUAUAUAUUAUUUAAUUAGAAAAUCCUGCUAUAUAAGGUUAAGCUAUCAGUCAGUUAAUUAAUUUAGCUUCGCUCAAAACAUACAAUAAGAUAAUAAAAAAAAUUACAAAAAC